AUGAGCAGCUUUGAGUCACAAACUAGGCAAGAAUGUUUAAACAAAAGAAUUACUACAAAAUACUAUGACAUGAUGAGCAGUAGAUCAUCAUCAUCAUCAUGUAAUGAUCCACCAGCAGUGACAGUCGUCAUUGAAGGGCGUUCGAUUUGCCAGAUGAUAAGUCUUCACAAGCUAGGUAGCUAUCAAAGCCUUGCUAAAACACUUAACCAGAUGUUUGUAGAUAGUGGUGACAUUAUUGAGUGUUCAUCACAAAAUAAUAAUAAUAAUAAUGUUGAUCUAUCAAAUGCUCUUCCUGGUCAUCUCAUUGCUUAUGAAGAUAUCGAAAAUGACCUCCUCCUUGUUGGUGAUCUCAGUUGGAAAGAUUUCGUGAAGGUGGCUAAAAGGAUACGAAUUUUGCCGGCGAAGCCAAAUUCACGCACUGGAAGAGUGGAGAGCAAUAUUUAA